AUUAAUCACACUAUCUCCUUCCGUCUGGAUUCAACGAUUUACUCACCAUACGGUUCCUAUGAGCCAUACAUGAAGCACCAUGGACCAGAAACACGAUAUCCUUUACCUUCUAGAAACUUCGCUACUGGGAAAUCGAAAAAAGUUGCAUGGUUUGUGAGUAACUGUAUAGCGAAAAGUCCAAGAAUGCAAUACGCCAAAGAACUCUCACGAUAUAUCCCGCUUGAUAUUUAUGGUCAAUGUGGCACGUUAUCCUGUCCAAAGUAUAAUCCGACUUUUACCUCAUCAGUUGGUUGCUUGAAAAUGAUUCGCGAAAAUUACAAGUUUUAUUUGAGCUUCGAAAAUAGUUUGUGCAGUGAAUACAUAACAGAGAAGUUGUAUAAAAAUGCAUUGAAAAACGAUAUACUUCCAAUUGUGAUGGGUGCAUCGAUAGAAGAAUAUGAAAGAGUCGCUCCUCCAUACUCAUUUAUUCACGUUGAUCAAUUCGAAUCACCAGGGAAACUGGCAGACUAUUUGAAGUAUUUGGACAAGAACGAUACUGCAUAUAAUGAAUAUUUUGCAUGGCAUGGUCAUGGAAUCAUACAUGAUUACGAUGCCCAACCUCAAUGUGCAAUGUGUCUACUAGCUCAUACAUCUCAUUCAUUUGGUCCAUAUUGGGUUCCGCGUGUGGCACGAUGGUGGAAUGAUGGAUGUAAUGGUCGGAAAUUGCGUUGGAAUCCAUGA